GAAAAACGUCACUUCCGGGAGAGGGAUGUGGAGAGCUGCGGCUUGGGACAAAGCAGAGGUGGUGGCAGCUUCAGUGGAGACAAGGUAAAACUGCUUCCAUGGAGUUUAGAACUUGGGAGAAUUGCUGCAUUGAUAACACAUCACACCUCUUUUUUCAUACUUGGUCUGAGCACAGAUAGCAUCUCCUCUACUUCAGGGUGAGCCAUGAUUCCAGUGACCGAGCUGCGGUACUUUGCUGACACACAGCCGGCUUACCGAAUCCUGAAGCCAUGGUGGGAUGUGUUCACAGACUACAUUUCCAUUGUCAUGCUUAUGAUAGCAGUGUUUGGAGGCACCUUGCAGGUCACCCAGGAUAAGAUGAUCUGCCUUCCCUGCAAAUGGGUGACGCAUGACAGCUGUAAUGAUUCUUACCGGGCCUGGGCACCUGCAGGACCUGAAUAUUCUAACUCUAGCCUUGUGCCUCCAGAAACGCUAGGCCCCACAGGCAUAAAAUAUGACUUGGAUAGACAUCAGUACAACUACGUGGAUGCCGUGUGCUAUGAAAACCGUCUACACUGGUUUGCAAAGUACUUUCCUUACCUCGUGUUGUUGCACACUUUGAUCUUUCUGGUGUGUAGCAAUUUCUGGUUCAAGUUUCCUCGUACCAGCUCCAAGCUCGAGCAUUUUGUCUCCAUCCUGCUAAAAUGUUUUGACUCGCCUUGGACUACUCGGGCCUUGUCCGAGACUGUGGUGGAAGAGAGCGAUUCCAAACCCACAGGAGGAAAGAUGAAUGGUUCAGUGGACAAGAAGUCUUCUAUAGCCAGUGAAGAUGUAGAAGCAACUGUGCCCAUGUUGCAGAGGAGCAAGUCCAGGGUGGAGCAGGGAAUUGUGGAUAGGUCAGAGACAGGAGUGCUUGAUAAGAAGGAGGGUGAGCAGGCCAAAGCCUUGUUUGAGAAGGUGAAAAAGUUCAGGACUCACGUGGAAGAAGGAGAUAUAGUCUACAGGCUGUAUAUGCGACAGACAAUCAUCAAAGUUAUCAAGUUUAUUCUGAUUAUCUGCUACACUGUUUAUUAUGUGAGCAGCAUCACCUUUGACGUGGAUUGUAAGGUGGACAUUGAGAGCCUCACUGGUUAUCGCAUGUACCGAUGUGCCCAUCCACUUGCUACCUUAUUUAAAAUCUUGGCCUCCUUCUACAUUAGCCUGGUAGGAUUUUAUGGUCUGGUCUGUGUGUACACCCUCUGGUGGAUGCUGAGACGAUCCUUGAAAAAAUAUUCCUUUGAAUCCAUUCGUGAAGAGAGCAGCUAUAGUGACAUCCCAGAUGUCAAGAAUGACUUUGCCUUCAUGUUGCACCUCAUAGAUCAAUACGACCCACUUUACUCUAAGCGUUUUGCUGUUUUUUUGUCUGAAGUCAGUGAGAACAAAUUGAGGCAGCUUAAUCUCAACCACGAGUGGACACUGGACAAACUCCGCCAACGCAUCACCAAAAAUUCUCAGGAGAAACUCGAGCUCCAUCUUUUCAUGCUUAGCGGGAUACCUGACACUGUGUUUGACCUUGUGGAGCUGGAAGUGCUCAAGCUGGAACUUAUACCUGAUGUGACCAUCCCACCUAGUAUCGCCCAACUCACAGGCUUAAAAGAGCUUUGGUUAUACCACACAGCAGCUAAAAUUGAGUCUCCAGCCUUAGCCUUUCUCAGAGAGAAUCUGAAAUCUCUACACAUUAAAUUUACAGAUAUUAAGGAGAUUCCUUUAUGGAUCUAUAGUUUGAAAAACCUCGAGGAGUUGCACCUCACUGGGAACUUGAGCGCGGAAAACAAUAGGUACAUAGUCAUUGAUGGUCUCCGUGAGCUUAAGAGGCUGAAAGUAUUGAGACUGAAGAGUAACCUUACUAAACUGCCUCAGGUGGUGACUGAUGUUGGUAUCCAUCUGCAGAAGCUUUCUGUAAACAACGAGGGCACAAAACUGAUGGUCCUCAACAGUCUUAAGAAAAUGGUGAACCUAACUGAGCUGGAACUGAUGCGCUGCGACUUGGAAAGGAUCCCACACUGCAUUUUUAGCCUUCACAACCUUCAGGAGAUCGAUUUAAAAGACAACAAUCUGAAAACCAUUGAGGAGAUCAUCAGCUUCCAGCACCUUCAUAGACUCACCUGCUUGAAGCUCUGGUAUAACCAUAUUGCCUAUAUACCCAUUCAGAUUGGCAAUCUGGCAAGUCUUGAGCGCCUGUAUCUUAACCGCAACAAGAUUGAUAAAAUACCAACACAACUGUGCUAUUGUCGAAAGUUGCGACAUCUAGAUCUAAGCCACAACACACUAACUAGCAUCCCGGCUGAGAUUGGGCAGCUCCAGAACUUGCAGUAUUUUGCUGUAACUGCCAACCAUUGGAAACCUGUCCAACUUCAAAAAGUUCCAGUGGAAACAACAAAAUUAUUAAAAUAG